UAUUUGUGUCACACUUUUGAACGUUUUUCAUUUAGUAAUAGACGGCACUUGGUGUAGUCAUAAGCUUAAUUAAUAAAAUUAAAUAAUGGGAUUGUUACAAGUUUGCGUGUACGUGUUAUUAAUAAUACAUUUAUCAAGGACCCAGGAGCCUGCAAACCAUUAUGACGUGUCUGUUCAGCGUUUCGUACGACAAAAUCCAGACUUUUUUCAAGAUCUAAUGGCUCAAUUUCAGCGUAUGAACGAUCAAGUAACUCAACAAUGGGUUCCAGCUUUGAGUCAAAUUAGUGAGGGAUUUCAACAGGGAGCACCUUUGCUCCAGCAAAUGCCGCUGCUUGGUCAGUCUUUAGCUGAAAGUAUUCUAAGUAGUUCGGAUUCUUUGUUAGGGGCAUUUAGUAGAUCAAACGGUGAUGAAGAUGAUGGUGAAACUGGCAUUCAGCAAACACCAGUGUCGCAAAAAGACAAGGAACAGAGUGAAGGACGACAGCAACCCAAACAACCAUUAGAUGUGAUUUGGGGCACACCUUUAUUGGGAUUGCAGAGUUUUAUGCAAAAUCCGCCUCCACCUUUCAACUAUAAUCCUUUUAUUCCAGCUUGGCCCAAUCAAAGGCAGCAAGCAUCCGCUUCUGAAAUGUCCGAAGUUCGAGUUAAGCCCGACAUUUUCGACCCAACUUAUAGAUUUAGUCGCAAAACGACGCGAGCUAGCAAGCCAGGAGAUAUGCAAAACUAUCCAUUUUCUAGCGCGGAAAUAUUAAAAAAAAAUAUGCCUUUACUAUGGCUUCAUCUCACUAAAUCAAAAUCGGUGAAUUCUAACAAACCCAAGGAUAAAGAAACACAGGCGAAAUUGUCUACCUUUGAAGACGAACUUGUUUUGGAAUUAAAAUACCUACAAAAAGUUGUCAAAUUAGCUAACCAAGCGAAGCGGCUUAAGCCUUAUGGCACUAAUGCGAGUAUUUCCAAAGCCCUAUCUCUGAGUGACAUUUCCGUUUAUAAAAUAACAAUGGGGGACAUUGAAAAAGCUUUGAAAGACGAGGAUGUUCUGACUAUUUUGCACACAUUAAAUCAAUAUCGUCAUACCAUACCCAACAAGCGUCAAAUUUCAUCAAAUGAUCUUCUACAGAAGCUUUCCGCAGAAGAUUUAAUGAAAAUUAUUAGUCACAACUUCCGGAUGUCGCCUAAAGUUGAAAACAAUUGGAUGAAAGGCGAGGAAGCCUUAAAGUCAAAUGAAUUGGAAAUGAGUACCCAUAAUAUCGAUAAUAUGAAGUAUUUGGUAAACGAAGGUGCUAUUGGAAAAUCUAUGUCAAUGUUGCACAAUCCCGCACUCAGUUAUUGGCCCGGUCUUCAACCAAUAGAGCGACAGCCUACUGUAAAUCCCUCUCCACUUCCCACCCAAUGGCCGCCAUCUCAACUUAAACAAUUCACCCAAACAGAAGUGUUUCCACCACAAUACUGGAUGGGACGAGCUUUGACGCAUCUUCCACAACAAAGCUCGGGACAACUGAUGCAAUCGCUACACAUGUUUGAACCCAAACUGCGACAGCAACAAGAGGACAUACAAUCGCUGACACCUGUGGUUAAUACACCCGAUAACGUACACAGAAAUGAUAGCAACAAUGCAUUUUCUGGAGAAAAUCAAAACACGCCUUCUACGCCCCCAUCUGAAAUAUCUAAACUCUCACAAGUACAACAGCUAGCUGUGCCAAAAGAACUUGAGCAAAGACAUUGGAUGAGCAGAGCUAUGAUGCAGUUACCUCAACAAUCUUUGCCAACAAGUGAUCCCGUCCUGAGACGAAUGCAGAACGAUUUUCCCGUAGUGUCACAACCAUCCCAACAACAAUUAGCUGAGAUUAAAAGAAUUGACACCAUAAAUCCGCAGCAUAAACCUAAAAAAAACCCUAUUUCAGCAGAGUUUGAUUCUAAUAGAACAGGCAUGGAACCACAACUUCCCAAUGAAGACGAUUUGACGAACGAAAGACCUGACACCAUAAAUCCACAGCAUAAACCUAAGAAAAACCCAACUCUACCAGAGCUUGAUUCGAAUAGAACAGGCGUAAAAACACAAUCUCCCAAUCAAGGCAAUCUGAAGAAAAAUGAACAAAAAAUCAACUAUGCAGGCCAUCCUAAGAAGAUGCCCGAAAAUACCCGGCAUAGCAGUAACCUGUACGGAACAGCUUAUGACAAUUAUGAUUUCUUAUACUAUCCUCAAGUUUAUACGAAACUACAACAUACAAAUAACAACAAAUUAGACCGAAUCCCUUGCCCAAUAGUUGUUAACAACUAUUACGGCGACUGCUCUACAACGCCCACAAACAACUUAAAUACUCUAGCAACUAGCCAUAGCGGCAACAACAAUGAUCCCGCUUCACAUUUCUCCACUACGACUCUAUUGCCGCCUCUGCGCUUUUCGGCCCUACUCGUUCCAAUAUUAAUAAUUUGGUCACGCAGCGUACUCACAUUAAUGCCAGUCCCUAUAAAAUGGCCAUCGGAGAUGACGAAAUAUUUAAAAUGCUUCAAGAAAAUAAAGCUUUGCCGCCAUAACCAUCCACCUAUAUCAUCGCCGUCAUUACCAUCAACCUCAUCCGAUGCUGAAUUUAAACCCGAGACACCCGAACAACGGACGUUUACCCAUCUUAAUCCUUUUCUAAUGAAACCAUUCAUCGGUUUACCGCCCAUCAAACAUCAUAACGAUCCUUGGCUGCAUAAACCAUACAAUUUGCAUAAACCGAUCUUCCAUAAACUCACUACAAGUCAUUUUUCACCUUUAAAACGUUUCAAAAGAUCGACACUCUCUGCAACUUCUUCUCAUAAUAUGUUAACAGCUGGUUUGCUAAAAUGUUUAGUAACACUAAACAUGCAUUUUGAAAAAAGAUUUCCAAUUUUACAAGAUACAAAUAUACCGAACUAA